GGGAGCUACAGGCGGGCGGACCGGGCAACUCCCUGGGAGGCGGACGCCGGCGGACGGACGAGCGCUGGGAACCGAGGAGCAAACCGUCCUCGCGGGUCUGUGCAGGACGUCGGCGGCACCGGCGUGCGCCAGUCAGCUUUAAGAAAACGUAGAAAUCUUCUGACUGAGCUGAAUCGCAAAACUUCAGUGACUCCCAGCACUGCACAUCAUGGCGCUACCAUUCCGGAAGGACUUAGAAAAGUACAAGGACCUUGAUGAAGAUGAGCUCCUGGAGAAUCUGUCAGAAAUAGAACUGAAACAACUGGAAACUGUGCUGGAUGAUCUUGACCCUGAGAAUGCCCUACUGCCUGCAGGAUUCCGGCAGAAGAACCAGACAUCAAAGUCUGCUACGGGGCCGUUUGACAGAGAACACCUCCUUUCAUAUCUGGAGAAGGAAGCACUGGAGCAUAAGGACAGGGAAGACUAUGUGCCCUACACUGGAGAAAAAAAAGGAAAAAUAUUCAUCCCUAAACAGAAACCUGUACAGACUUUCACAGAAGAAAAAGUAUCUCUUGAUCCAGAAUUAGAAGAAGCUUUGACAAGUGCUUCUGAUACAGAAUUGUGUGACCUUGCAGCUAUUCUUGGGAUGCACAAUUUAAUAACGAAUUCACAGUUCUGUAGUAUAGUGGGAAGUAGUAGUAAUGGUGUGGACCAAGAACAUUUUUCAAAUGUGGUAAAAGGUGAAAAGAUUCUCCCAGUAUUUGAUGAGCCACCAAAUCCAACUAACGUUGAAGAGAGUUUAAAGAGAAUUAAAGAAAAUGAUGUUCGUCUUGUUGAAGUUAAUUUGAAUAAUAUAAAGAAUAUCCCAAUUCCAACCCUAAAAGAUUUUGCAAAGGCUUUGGAAACCAACACACAUGUGAAACAUUUCAGUCUUGCAGCUACCCGGAGCAAUGACCCCGUUGCUGUUGCUUUUGCAGAUAUGUUGAAAGUGAACAAAAAUUUGAAAAGCUUAAAUAUGGAGUCCAACUUUAUUACAGGAGUUGGGGUUCUUGCACUGAUUGAUGCUUUAAGAGAUAAUGAAACCCUGGCAGAGCUCAAGAUUGACAAUCAGAGGCAGCAGUUGGGGACAGCUGUAGAAUUGGAAAUAGCCAAGAUGCUUGAGGAAAAUACAAAUAUCCUUAAGUUUGGAUAUCAGUUUACACAACAGGGACCCCGAACCAGAGCAGCUAAUGCUAUCACCAAAAACAACGACUUAGUUCGCAAGAGACGAGUUGAAGGAGAUCACCAGUAAGCCUGCCAAGGCAUGCUCUUCAAAAGACUUCAAAAGGUUACCAAGAACUCCUGUUGGUGAUACCAGAUGUAAAAUUUUCCUGGGUAGAAGGGAAGAGACUGGAAAUUUUCUUUAACUACAUGCUUCUUUUUUCUAGUUUAAGUUGUUAACCAGUUUCAAAUUAUAAAAUGACUAUUAGGUGAUAUUUUGUAUUUUAAAGCAUUAUUUCUACACUUUGUUAUAAUCAUUUUUAAUUUAGUUUAAAUGAUUUAUGAUGAGUCUGAGGUUAAAAAUUACACUUGUAAAAAAGUUUCAUUAAUCAUUUAUGUAAAAUAACUUGAACAUUUUGAGGACCAAUCUUUUUAAAUUAAAAAGGGACAAUGGUGAUAAUAGAAUUAUUGUUGUUCCUCCUAAGCUGAGGGCACUUCAAAGCUUUCCUUAUUUGAUGACAAGGAAACUUUUCCAUGUUUUAGAAUACAUGAACUUGGCAAGAGUGUGCUUUUUCCUUCUAUCAAAAAAAGCAAAAUGCCAGAAUAUUAAAACAGAUGACUUAAAAUCUGACCAUCUGUUUAGAGCAGAUCUCUAGCAGAGAGCAAAAGGUUUUGUGCAUUCCAGGUCACUACCCUUCUGAUGUGUCAGCAAUACCUAAUUUUUCUUAAACAUAGUCAUCAGCUUUGCCAGGUUCAUACUUUGUUUAAAUAUAUAGUUAUGUCUAAACUUAUUACAGUUUUUCAUUUUAAUAAUGUGGCAUCAUUAAAUUUUUAUGAACACUCAUAGUAAAAAGCAUCUGAGUAGGAAAACUACUCUCUUUCUGUAAAAGGCAUAUAGCCAACUGUCAGUUGAGCACAUAGAAUCAAAGAUAAACAUGUUAGAAUUCAAGUCUGAGGAAUGUAUAAAUGGUCACUUAAUGGUUUUUUUGUAAAGUGUUAGAAACUGGCUUGCAUAUAAAUUGUUUCAAAGUAUGAUAAUGCAGAAUUGUGUUAACAGUAUGCAAUCACCAUUACAAAUUUUCUAACCAAUAACAAAAACUGCUGUUUCCCAUAAAUGUAAUUUUUAUUAUCUGUAUCUUUCCUGUUAUACUUUUUUAGUCCAUAUUAUGUAAAAGUAAUUUCUCAUCACCAAAAUAGUCUUCCUAAUGCUGACAGUGUUAAAGUGGACAUUUGAACAGUGUUCUGUGCUAGGAAGACCGAUGCCAGACCCAACAUUGCCAUGGAGGACCUAGCCAUGUGUUCUUGCCCUGUCUCAGGUUAGCUUCUGCACAGGAGAUAUGGCAGAGGCAUUUACGGUUACCGAAGACAGGGGCCGGAAUCUAAGUGAUUCUGCUCUCAAAAAUUCGGACAUGUCUGUAUCAUUUAUUUAUAGGGGGAUAUCUCUAAAGGGGAAGACUUGUUAAACCUAUUAUAAUUAGAUUACAAAAUGUCUGCUUUGGCUCGGACUGCACGGUUUAGCUGAUGGCUUAGCAGGUUUUUUUGUGUACUGUGGCAAUAAGCCUUCUUAGGAGAAAGCUUUCCUCUUGAGAAUUGAGGUGUGUCUGUUUUUUGAAUCAGUAUUCAGUAUUUUAAAGGGGCCAGGAUUAACUUUGCACUAUUCCCUUUCAGGUAUAGGCUGCUGGUGGUUCAAGUUAGCAAGUUUACUCCCCCUCUCCCUUCUUAUCACAUACAACUUUGGAAUUGUACUUGACUUUAGAGGCUGCACAGCCCGAACAGGGUAUGGGGAGUCAACAUGGAGCCUGGAUAGAGGCUGCCAUUUAACUUUUAGCAGGGCUUCCUUGCUUGCACUGUUCUCUAAGUCACUAAAAUGAUAAUGUUAGCUUUUCCUCCCACAAGUUGUUUUUUUGUUUGUUUGUUUGUUUUUGUUUUUGUUUUUUUUAAUUCAAACAUAGGUAGGUGGACCCUACCUAGAAUUGUGUAUCGUACUUUUGGGUAAUAAUUUUUUCAGUUACUAUUUAUCAAAAUCUGCAUAAGUUGAGUAUUUGCUUUACUAUUCCAGUUCUAAGCAACAGUAUAUAGUUCAUUAUAUAAUUAGAGAAACGAUUUCUUCAUAAAUAACUUUAAAGAUGAACAUUCAUCUGAUUAAAUACAGAAAAUCUUUUAAAAAUGUAAUUUUACAAGGGAGAAAACUGGUGUUUACUUUGAUCUUUAAAAAUCUGGUACCUCUUAGAUUUUUAAAAACUUUCAGUAUUUCUAGACUGCUCUAAAAUUUGAUAAUAGAAAAAAUUAUAAUUUUGAAAUAGUCUUGAUUUUUAAGCCAAAGAUUUUCUAAGACUAAGUUUUAUAGUCUUAACCAAUUAAACCAAUUAACCUGUUUGUCUAAUCAAAGGGUUUUUUUUUUCGCAUUUCUAGAUUGCUGUUUUUUAAAAACUUUUUAACUGCCCAUUUUAUAAAUUUUGAUAUUCGUAUUUGUUUGAAGUUCUAAUUUUUCCAUUAUGUCUAUAUGAAAUAGUAUGUAUUUAAAAAUAAAUUGCUAAUAUUGAUAUUAUUGAAAUGGAUUUUGGUGCUGAAUACUGUAGCAAAAACCUAGUGGAAGUCUAAAGUAUAAGUGAAAUACAUUUCCUAAGGGUGCCUGUCAUUUAAAAGACCAAAUAAACAUUUGGUGUUAAAUUAGUUGAUUGUGAAAGAUUUCAAAAAUUUUCUCGGUUGUUAAAUUGUUAAUUCUUAUUUGAAUGAAAUAACACACUUGCUUGCUUUGUGCAUUAGAUGCACUCUAGAAAAGUUACAUGUAAAUAGAACUUUGUAAAAUGUUUUCCAUUGACAGUAUCUGACAUAUUUUCAUUUAAGGGGGGGGGUCCUUGAUAUAAUAAAAAUUAUAAAAGAAAAAAUGUUUUGAUAAAAAUGUUAAUGAUGUAUUGUACAUUAUAUUUAACCUUCGCUGCCAUUAAAAUAAGAUGAAAGGAUUCAUGGUGUUUCAUAAAAUCUUAUAUUUCUGCUUCUAUAUCCCUAAGACUGCCUUGACAUUUCCUUAUAAAAUCAGUAACUACUGUUACCUUCCAGCAGAGGAUCAUGCUUUUUUUUAAGCAGCUUACAUUCUCUGGCUAGUUCAGUACUGCACAACUUUAUUCCUUUAUUAUAAUGCCACUUCACUGGAAAAUAUUUUUUCCAGGUUUAUUAAGUUAUAAUUGACAUAUAGCUUAUUAGUUUUAAGUGGAUAAAGGUUACAUACAUGUGUAUACUACAAAAUAGUCACCACCGAUACGUUUAAUUAAUAUUCCUCACCUCACAUGGUUAAAAAAAAACUUCAUUUUUCCUUGUGAUGAGAACUUACAAAAUCUGUUCUCUUAGCAACUUUCAAAUAUAUAAUUCAGUUUUGUUAAGUAUAGUUAUCAUCCUGCACAUUAUAUAUCCUGUAUUUAAAACUGGAAUUUUGUAUCUUUUGCGCAUAUUCAUCCAUAUUCAUCCACUUGCCCUCCACCCCAUUCUCACUCACCAUUUCUCUACCCCCCUGCCACAGGCCACCAGCAAUCUAUUCUCUGGUUCUUUGAGUUCACUUUUUCCAGAUUCUCAUAUAAAUGAGAUCAAAGAUUAUUUGUCUUUCUGGUAUGAUUUAUUUCAUUUAUUUCAUUUGUUGACGGACGAUACAGCACCCACAAGAACCAAACACGUAGAUAUGCCCAAGCAACUCCUAUUGUUGCUGUUGGGUCUAAACAUCUAUAGAACUGUUUUUACUCCAUCAGCUCUCACUGAUCACUAUUGUUCUAGAUAUUUUUCAUUAUAAGACUAUCUUACCAAACAAAGAAACUUCACUAUAUUUAAAUUGAAAAAGUUGUAUUCAGCAAUAAAGCUUUUUAUCUUCUUAAGUCAUACUUUAAUUUGGUCAUUCUUAUGUCGUAUGGGUUUUUCUACGUGAUGAUUCAGCUCUAUAAGCCACUACCAAGUAUUUUAGAAAGUCUUUAUUGACAUAUAAAAAUGUUUACUUAAGACACCUGCACUAGUGGCUAAGUAAAAAUAGAUUAUAGCACUAUGAGAUAACCACUAGCCAUGUUUUAUUAACAUAGUUAUAAAAAGUUCAUAUAUUUUUAAGAUGAUUAGACACUCUUAGAGUCUACUUCAGAUAUAUGUCUGAGGUUUUCUUCCUUUUUCUGCCAAGUGUGUUUUAUUUCCUGUAGAGCAAUUGAUUGACCUAAACUUUUUCUGCAGAUAAUUUUGUCCAUAUUUAUAUGUUCAGAGAGUAAAGUUUAAUUAAUAAGAACACAUUCUGGGUAUUUCUUAGUGAGUAUGUACAGCAAUUUCUAGGAGUUUAAAUUUCAUUUCCAUUCAAAAAGAAAUAUAGUUU